CUUUGAGUAAGUGAAACUGAAAGCCAAGCUAGGAGAAACCCUGCAGCUCUCAGUACAGAGCUCCUAUUUAUCCUCCAGGAAAGGAUUUUGUUGGUUACUCCUGAAUCUGUGACGCUACAUUCUAAUAGUGAAUUCCCCAGGGAAAGUGUCAUGGAGGCUGAAGGUGCUGAAAUGCAAGAUACUGUACAAAGAGAUAGCGGACAAGAAGGACCCCCCACAUCCUUGAAUCCAAUGAGCUUUGAAAACUUUUCUCAAGUCGUCUUCCCAAACAUUCUGCAGUCUUAUCGACCUAAAACUGAUAUCCUAUGCAGCUUUCACCAAAGAAAAGACUUCCUAUCUGGCAGCAAAGACUGGAUAGGAAUUUUUAAGGUUGGAUGGCAAACCACAAAAGAAUAUUACACGUGGGUUGCAUUAUCAACAAGUAUGGAUAACCAAGUUCUAUUCAAAGCCUAUUAUCUGCCCAAGGAUGAUGAAUACUAUCAGUUCUGCUAUGUGGACCAGAAUGGAGAUGUUCGAGGAGUCAGCAACCCUUUCCAGUUUAGGGAGGAUGAUGCGGAAAAUGAAAUUGAAAAUGAAAUUGUGAUGGUGGCAACAGUGGAGGAAAUGGAAAACAUGAACGAGGAGAACAAAAAUCUUAAGAAAAUAAUUCAGGAUCAGGCUGAGAUGAUCAAGACCCAAGAGGCUCAGUUACAGACUGCAACAGAGAAGGACAACAGAAUAGAGGAGGAAAAUAUGGGUAUGCUAUGCCAAGUGAAGAACCUUGAAGAGGAAAAAGAGGCGUUGAUAAGAAACAACCAAGAGUCAGAGCUGCAGCUGUAUAAAGUGCAUGAGUUAGAAACAGAAUUAGAGCAAAAGGACAUGGAACUGAAAAAACUUAAGGCUGAAAAUAAACAGUUGCAGGAUUUGCAAAUCAAAGUGAAGAACCUUGAAGAGGAAAACGAGUCGUGGUUGAGAAAGAACCAAGAAUUAGAGCUGCUACUGAAAAAAGUGCAGGAUUCAGAAAACAAAUUAAAGCAGAAGAUGAUGGAUCUGGAAAAAAUUGAGGCUGAAAAUAAACAGCUGCGGAGUAAGAAUGAAGCCAAGCAGGAAGCAGUAGAGAACCUCAGUGCUCUGUCUGAUAACUGUAAAAAAGAGGUCACCAAACUGACAACUAAGCUUGAGAAGGUGCAAACAAGUACUUUGGAAUCAGAGAAGAGGCAGAAAGAGGAAUUUCAGCGUUCACUGAAGGAAGAGAAAGGGAAGUUACUGGACCUGGAGAGCAAUUUAACAAAGACUAGUACAAUGCUCAAAACAGCAGAAGACAAUGUAUCCAAACUACAACAGCAGCUGGCCUUACAGCAGAAGGAAUUUGCAACUAAAAAUGAAGAAAUAAAAAAAUUACAUUUAGAUAUUACUCAUCUUCAAGCCAAUGAAGUCAAGCUGAAAGACAACAUUGAGGAGCAUAUGCGGAUAAUAACGAAUGAAAAGAAGGCGAAGGCCGACUUAGAGCAAAUGCUGAACAGACAGGACAAGAAAGUGUUGGACUUUGAUAAUAAAAUAAGAGAGCUUAAAACAGACCUCAGAUCUGCUCAAGAGAGCAAAACCAGCAUGGAACGGAAGCUGGCAAAGGAGCAGGAUGAAAUCAGGAAAAAUAAAGAGCACAUUUUAGUAUUACAGAGCACUAUUGAACUGAGAGAGGUAGAAAUUAGAGAUCUGAAUGACAUAACUGCGAGAAAACAAGCAGAAGUAGAAGACCUGAACAUGAAAAUUUUUCAAGAACGUUUUGCAUACUCUCCUCCCUUCUCCUCCACCUCUCAGACCCAGGGCCUGAUGUAUAGGAAUCCAUAUUCAAAAAAUCGUCAAGGAUUCUCAGCAGAGAAUGAAUCACUUGAGCGUGUUGACUUUGGAACCAGAUUGCAACAAGAAAAGAUACAAACACCGACAAAAUUGAAGUGCUCACAGUGUUCUGAAGAGUUCCAAGAUGAACAAGUGUAUGUGGAUCAUGCAAUGUGUCACAGUAUUGAAGAAGGCCUUGAAGACUGAUAACUAAUGCUGUGUAAUAUUAUUAUUCAAUUUGACUACAUUUUCGCUUAAGGUAGACAUAGGAUAGAGUUUAAAUUGCACAUGCAUGGAGGCAGCAAAAGAACAGGGUGGAAGCAAUUUAUAAAACUCUGAAUGCUUGUUCUCUUUGCAGUGCUAAGUUAUUUUAUAUUAAUUGUUUG